AUGAAUUUAACGAAGUUAUCCCUGAACACUUCCGUUGUCACCAAGUACGUGAGGCGCGAACACCCAAAUUUCAAAGCCGAGAUUAUCAAGGCCAACACCACGGGGUCCUUGCUGAACUACGUGCGCCACCCCUCGGAACAUAUCUACGGAAGGCUAUUGUGGGUUGCAUGA